GACGUCAGCUGGCAGCGCCAUCUAUGCUAAAAAUACUGUAAUGGCUUCCAAACUUAGAAAAUGAAUGACGGAGAGGGCCCUGGAUCUCAGCACGCGGGACAGCUAGGCCCAGUGUCAGGGGCAAUGGGGAUGAUGACAAAACAACAGGCAGACGAUGUGGGCCAACGCCCGCAAUAUUCGAUGCCAGGGAUAUUGCAUUUUCUACAAACGGAAUGGGCUCGUUUUGAGAUGGAACGAUCACAAUGGGAAGUGGAGCGUGCAGAGCUUCAAGCAAGAAUAGCCUUUCUUCAAGGAGAGAGGAAAGGACAGGAGAACCUGAAACAGGAUCUGGUCAGGAGAAUCAAGAUGCUGGAGUUUGCUCUCAAGAGAGAGGAUGGUGUAGAUGGGGAAGUGCUACCGUCCGCAGGGAACGUGUCGUGGCGCCAAGGCCGACACCUCCUUAGACAAUAUUUACAAGAGAUUGGAUACACAGAUACAAUUAUUGAUGUGAGAUCAGCCAGAGUUCGCUCCCUUUUGGGACUUCAGGCUCAUGCCGCGGAGAGUGAAGCUGAGGGGGCUCAGCCUGCUAUUGUACAGAUGAACGGAGACGUGUCCAAUAAACGGGUCAAUGAUCAAGGAAAAGCAAGGGGGAAGAAGGUGCCGGCUUCUCUGGUCGACUCUGCCCUCCUUGACAGCGAGGCUUCCGUCUUGGCCACACUCGACUUUCUGGGCCAAGAUGGUGUGGAAGAUGAAGAUAAUCUAAGUGAUGAAGAUGAUGGCUUGGCAGGAGAUGAUGAAGGAGAAGUCAAACACAUAAAGAAACGACCAAAGAUGCAGAACGUGGACAACAUCGCAAUGAUUGACGAUGACACGGAGACAGAGGAAGCCCUGGCUGAGUUUGACUUCCUGGUGGAGGAGGCGGAGAACGGAGCGGGAGAGGCUCAGAGUCAUGGGGACGGACCGGAGUGGGUGCAAAAUGAUAAGGACGAAUGGGAUGUGGACCAGCGACUUAUAGAUAGACUUAAAGACCAGUAUAAGAAGGAGAGAAAGGGAGUUAAGUCAAGACCCAAGCGAUCAGCAUUGCAGCAAAUGUUGGCCAAUCUGGGAUCGGACGAAGACGCUUUCUCCUCCCAGUCCUCCUCAUAUCAGAGUGGCGCCGCCUCGAGUCCCGAGAGGGGAAGUAACUCCCCGGGGUCACCAGGAUCGAGUGGCACGGACGCGGAUGAGAUGGGUAUCCAGGGAGGAACGUCCAUCGCGUUUCCCUCAGAAUCGCGAAAACAGAUGAUUGGUUCGGAUCCGGACGAUGAAAGUUUGGAGGAUCUCGGAGAGUUAGCGGACCUAACGGUGAAUAACGAGGCCGAUCAAAACAAUUACGAUAUAUCAUCUCCUAAGGAGGUUUAUAGGAAAACCUGGAAUGCCAAGUAUACACUACGCAGUCACUUUGAUGGGGUGCGGGCAUUAGCAUUCCACCCUGUGGACCCCGUACUUAUCACGGCGUCAGAAGACCACACCCUUAAAUUAUGGAACCUCCAAAAAACAGUCCCUGCCAAAAAAGCCACUUCAUUAGAUGUAGAACCAGUUUACACAUUUCGUGCACACAUUGGUCCGGUGUUAUGUCUAGCGGUCAGUUCCUCGGGAGAGCAGUGCUUCAGUGGUGGUCAAGAUUCUACAAUCAGAUGCUGGAAUAUACCCAGCUCUAACAUAGACCCAUACGAUUCUUUUGAUCCAAGUGUUUUAAAUUGUACGUUAGAAGGCCAUACAAAUGCAGUGUGGGGGUUGUCUGUACACAGUUCUAAGAUGCAGCUACUGUCGUGUUCAGCAGACGGCACGGUACGACUCUGGAGUCCAGGGCAGAAACCACCUCUCCUACAGAGUUAUACUGCAGAUGAGGCUGAUGGUGUGCCAACUUCAGUAGAUUUUGUUAGAUGUGAUCCAAGCCAAAUGGUGGCUUCCUACUCCUCAUCAAAUACUUAUAUUUACGAUAUAGAGACAGCCAAGCAGGUGCUCUGUAUCGACACCAAAUCAGCCUCAGAAGAUGGGGGUACUAACCAGAUAAACUGUGUGGUGAACCACCCCACCCUCCCUGUCACGAUAACGGCCCACGAGGACCGCAACAUCAGGUUCUUUGACAACACCACAGGAAAAUUGAUACACUCCAUGGUGGCACAUUUAAAUGCUGUGUCGAGUUUAGCUGUAGAUCCCAAUGGUUUAUACUUAUUAUCUGGAAGUCAUGAUUGUUCAAUAAGACUGUGGAACCUAGAUAGUAAAACCUGUGUACAAGAAAUCACCGCCCAUAGGAAGAAAUUCGAAGAGUCGAUACAUGACGUGGCAUUUCACCCGUCAAAGCCGUACAUAGCUAGCGCUGGUGCUGAUGCCCUCGCUAAAGUAUUCGUCUGACAGAGGAGGCGGACUAGAGACAUGAAAUUAUACGGGAACUAGUUCAUCAUCCUUCAUCUUCAGAGUCGUGGCCACGGGGGCUCCUCUGAUGGAAGUAAUCAAAUAUAUCCAGCUAUCGACACAUCAGAGGGCGAUGAAUCAUCUCAGCCAUCGUGAUCCUUCGUUAACUCUACACAAAUCAGUUCUGCCAAACUAUUGAAGGUGUGAGGAUUUAUAAAGGGGUGAUAUUUUGUUGCUUUAUACGGCUGACGACGUCAUGAGCCGGUGUGGCAGCCAGCUUGUGUGAUAAAACUGUGAAAGCUUGUAAAUGGAAUUUGUACCAGCAUGAAUCGUAUACGAGAGAUUAAAUGGAGCCUAUCUGUCAUGAUAUCUCUGAGAAUCUCCAAUAUUUAAAGAGUUCUUGUGUAUUUUUCUUAUUGGAUUUAUUUUUCAUGCUAUAGACAAUAUUUUUUUUGUUUAUUAUCAAGUUCUGUAACUCAAGUACAAAUGCAAAAAGAGCAUUGUUGCAUUGAAGGAUUUUUCUCGGGGAAAGUUUUUGUACUUUACUCUCAUUUAUAUGUAUAAGGCUUGCAGAUCUUCAUGUCCACUGUUUACCAUGCAGUUUCUUUGUGAUAUUUUUCUUCUGCAGAGAUGAAAUUUUUAUAUCAACUAUCUUACAUGUAAAUUUAACAGUGUAUUUAUUAUGAAAUUAUUUAUAAACAAGAACAAUAAUUAUGUAAUAUAAAAAAUGAAUUUUAUUUGACAGAAGAGUGUGUAUAUGUAUGAGUGAGAAUUAUUCAGUUCAUAUCAUUGUAAAUUAAGGCAUCUGUCUACCUUAUGAGGGCGUUGGUGAUUUGCCCUUGGCAGAUCAUCUGCUUGGCAAAGCCAUUGCCAGGGUGUUUGCGAAGUGUGAGAUGGGUGUUUAUUGUCUUGUUAUGUUAAUUUCCAUCAUCAUUCAGAUUGUAGAAAGGAGGUGCAUGUAAUCAUUAAUGACAGUGUUUACUUUAACAUUAAUUAUGGUCAAUCGUUACAAAUACUGAUAGAAAAGAAGAUUGUAUUAUAUAAUUAUAUAAAGAUUAAUAUAUGUCUACCCAUUUAAAUUUAUAGCUACAUGAACAUUUCUUAAGGAGGAAUUAUAGGCAGAAAUAGAACAGUGAAGUUUAUUUUAUUUCCCCCACACAUUACAAAUUGUACAAAACACACGUUGCCAAAAACGUCAAGUAAUAAAUGCAGGUUUUAUAGAGCAAUACAGAUUGUUUGUAAAUUAGUGCUAUUUAAUUUCUUUAAUCCAUUUACUGGCAUAGUUUUAGGCUGUACAGAAUUUUGUAUCAACAAAACACACAACAUUAUGAUAUAGAGAUUUUUAUGAGCUAACAUUCAAUGUUGGACUUCCAUAUUCCGAGUUUAAGUGGAUAUAAUUUUUCCACACUGCAAUAACUAGCCUGCCUCCUGCACGACUGGAAACUGAACAAACCGUGACAUUGUUUGCAGACUGAGAGUAGGUGUGGUGCUGACAUUGUGUACAUAGUCCCUCCCCCAUUGUAUGCCAGUCCUGUAGUUUUGAUCAGGUUGUAUGAUAUGUUUUAAUGUGUGUGUGUGUAUAUUGUCAAUCAGAAUUAUACCACUAUGUAAUGUGCUUGAGGACAUUUAAGGGAUUAUACAUAGUCUAGUGUAGUCAUUAACAAAUCUAAACUCUCCCUCCCUCUCUCUCUCUUUUCUUUCUCAUCUCUUUUGUUGUCUUAAGAUUAAAAAUAAAAACUUGUGAAUGAAUUAUUGAUUAAUGGGGGGUUUCACAUUAUGAUUCUUUUGUGUCAUGCAUUUUUUUCUUGCUUCUGAUGAAUUCUGUGUUCAGGAAAACUGUUGCGGACACUUUAUGGUACAGCCAUCCUCUGUAUACAUAGGCUAAUAAUAAACACAUUUCUACAAGUAUUAA